AACAAAAAAGAGAUCAAACUCAAGAAAGAAACAGGAUGGGACGAAGGCGCUGCUGCAGCUCGGAUGAGUCCAACCGAUACGCUGGUCAGGCUGUCGUGGCCAGGACAAGAAAAAUAUGAGAUCGUCAAGUGGCUUGCAAGACAAAGCAAAAAUAUAUUGAGACGCUCAGACAGAUACGGCACUGGCUGCGAAAAAUGGAUUUGUUUCAACCUCAUGAGAUUUGCAAUUGUGUUCGGCCUGCUGCUGGCUCAAAUCCUUUGCCCGCAUAAAGGCGACUGUCUACCCAUUGGUGUGCUUCAAGCGUCGCUGCACUUCCGACUGUGA